AUGGAGCAGGGAGGCUGGCAGCGGUGGCUGCUGCUGCUGGUGGGCAUCCAGCUGGCCAGCAGCCAGUGCCCAGAGCAGUGCCAGUGUGUCCGCAGUGCCCAGGUGGAGUGCUUUGGUGCCGACAUCAGCACGGUGCCCAGCCCCAUCCCUGCCAACGCCAUGACCCUGCAGAUCAUCAACACGCGCAUCGCCGAGCUGGGCGACGCCGCCUUCGGCAACGCCUCCCUGCUGAUCGGGCUGCGCGUGGAGAAGAACCUCCUGUCUCGCAUCAGCCCCAGGGCCUUCCAGAACCUGCCCGACCUGCGCUACCUCAGCCUGGCCAGCAACAAGCUGCAGGAGCUCCCUGUGCAGGUCUUUGAGCCUCUGGACAAGCUGGAGUCUCUGCUCCUCUCCAGCAACCAGAUCCUCCAGGUCGAGCCUUCCCACUUCACCCAUCUGAGCAACCUCAAGGAGCUGCAGCUGCACGGGAACAACCUGAAGGAGCUGCAGGAGGGGGUGUUUGACCAGCUCACCAGCCUCACCAAGCUCAACCUGGCCAGGAACAACAUCGACCGCCUGCCGCCCCGGGCCUUCGAGCGGCUGGCGCGGCUGCAGGUGCUGCGGCUCUACGAGAACCGGCUCCGGCACAUCUCAGUGGGCACCUUCGAUGGGCUGCCGGAGCUGCAGGAGCUGGGGCUGCACCAGAACCAGCUGGAGACGCUGUCCCCGGAGCUCUUUGUGCACAACACCAACCUGCAGAAGCUCUACCUGUCCAACAACUUCCUCACCACUCUGCCGAGCGGCAUCUUCUUGCCCCUGCACGCUCUCGCCAAGAUCACCCUGCAUGUCAACCACCUGCGGGACAUCUCCCCCAGUGCCUUUGGGCCCACGCCCAACCUGAAGGAGCUCUGGCUUUAUGAGAAUGAGCUUUCCACCCUCCCCACUGCCGUCUUCAGCAACCUGACCCAGCUGCAGCUCUUGGUUCUCAGCAAGAACCGGCUGCGGUCGGUGCCACCGGGGGCUUUCCAGGGCUUGGGGGAGCUGCUGGAGCUGUCGCUGCACUCCAAUGCCCUGCGCCGCCUGGAUGCCCGGGCGCUGGAGGGGAUGCCCAAGCUGCAGAACAUCUCUCUGCACCACAACCAGCUGCAGGCACUGCCACGGGGCCUCUUCAGGGCCACCCCUGGGCUGCAGCACCUGCAGCUGCACUCCAAUGCCCUGGAGUACCUGCCCGCCGGCAUCUUCUCCCCGCUGACUGCCCUGCGAGAGGUGAGGCUGCACAACAACUCCUGGCGCUGUGACAAGGGCAUCCUGCCCCUGCAGGGCUGGCUGGAGGAGAACCCUCACAAGGUGGGUGAGAUACCCCCACUGUGUGCCCAGCCUCCCGCCCUGCAGGGCAUCCCCAUUGCUGGGCUGUCACAGAACCAGUUCAUCGACCCCCAGCCCCCCACUGCUGCUCCUCGUCAUCCCAGCACCCUGCUCCCUGCUGACACCUCUGAGGCAGCCUCAGAUGAUGCCUCAGCAGCAGAAGAUGCCUCGAUGGAGCCUCCCACGGGGCUGCCAGCCUCCCCACAGGAGGAUGAGGAGGAGAAGAAGGAGGAGGAAGAGAGGGGGCAGUGGGGGCUGACACGCCUGCAGAGUGGGGUGGUGGUAGCAGUCAUCGUGCUGGUGAGUGUGGCCCUGCUGGCUGCUCUGGUGGCACUGGUGGUCUAUGGCUGUAGGAAGAAGAGCCACGUUGUGCUCAUGAGGAUGAAGGCUCCGAAUGAAGCCUGAGUAUCUGGCAGACCCUGAGGGCAGAGGUGCCUGUGGGGUCAAAGGACAUGACAGAGGCUCUGCAUCAGCUGCCCCUGCUGACUGGGAUGGGAGAACAUCACCGUGUGCGCUGUGUGUACCACUGUCCUGCUCUGCUUUGCCCUGUCCCUGCGCUGCAGCAGGGCUUCCCCAUGGCUGCCCACUGUCCCCAGCCCUUCCUGCCUCCAGUGCAGUCUCUGUGCUUGUUCCCUGCCUGGGUCCAGCAGCUGAGGUGUGGGAUGCA